AUGGAAUUGCAGAAUGAAACCUCGGCUGGCGAAGAGUUUGGUACCAUCCAGGCACCCCUGUCAUCCGAAGACACGCUGUUGUCGGGCUUAGACCAGCCUGAGGCGCUCUCGUCAGUUUCUUCAAGCAGAGGCGGAUCGAAUGAAGAAGGAAGCGGGUACGAAUUCAUGAUGGAAGGACUUUCCCUUAGAGUAUUCGACCCGUCGCUGGGUGAACGCAGAGGAAUUGGAUCGGAAACUGCGCCAUCGGCUGCUGGAUAUCUAACUGUGGACAUCACUCCAUUGGCAUCGAUCGCACCAUCUGCUGGUGUUUUCUUCCCCUACGUGUUUCUUCGCUCUUCAAGAUCCCCACCGAGUUCGUCCCCGCACGCAUUCGAGGCGUUUGCCAGCGACAAAUACGGUGCCUACGAAGUGGGGACUGCAAUAAUUCCUGUGACGUCGUGUACCGGCUCGGCGACGGCCUAUCACCAAGUACCUGGAACACGGUAUCGUCGCAUUGGCACGCUCGCGGACUUGAUCCAUCCUCAUGAAGAGACAAACAACACCCCCAUGACACCAGCCUUGGUGCACGACCACGGCUAUGCCAAAUUUCUUGAAGAUCUCCACCAAGCUGCUGAAGAGCGGGAUGUUGGACGAAUGCCACGGCCAAUGGACCUAGCUUAUAUCAUCUACCUGGUUAACUGUUCGGGUGGACAUGGCGAUGACCAAUCGGCUCUCUCAGCAUCCGGUAUAGAGAUCACAAGUGCAUUAGUUGCCCCGCGAGAUUGUGGAAGCAACGGAUCCGAGACAACCAACACUGUUGUAGAUGACGACCUGAUGCAGAUGCUUGCCGAAGGCGUAACCUCGUCACCACCAUCUGAGCAACAUGGGACGGGUCCGCAGCAGCCCGAACAACACGACACAUCUCCAAGUUCGGAUUCCGAACUGCGAAGCUCGACAAUGGUCACGAGUCGGAAUACACACGUCCAGCGGAGAGGGGUCGUCUCUGUUGGCCUGUCCACCAGAAGAAUAAAGGGUUCCCGCGGGCGGCCGGGUCAAACAGCACGUGCACUGCAAGAGACAGAACGGUUCAUAGCUAUCGCCUCUUAUCUCCAAAAUCUCUUUCCGACCCUCAGCACGAAGUUGGCUGGUAGUGGAGGUGGGCUCGCCGGAGGCGACAGCGCAUGGUUGUUCAAAACCAGAACGGAGGCUUUUUUGAACGUUUGCGAAGUUUUGGAAAUGCGAGCAGACGAUCUCCACAUCGGUAUUGACCAAGCUACAUCGCGCUCAGUUUCGGUGGGUUGCGAUGUGGUCGCUGGUUGGUUCGCGUCCUUCCCGAAGGCGAAGUCGCUCAAUCGAGCGACGUUGACAAACCAUCGCGGCAUUCUCAAUCGGUGGGGAGCCCUCUGGGCUGAUUCCGAAAGCGAUUACGAGGUCAAUAAGGACAUCCUUAACACACCACGUGAUCAAAUGGUGUAUCGUCAUCCGCCACGCAAGCCAAGAGGGCCUGAAGGUGUAAAGUUUCUUUCUGUGGAAAUAUUGGGUCUUAUCGGCUAUCUCUUUGCACCAGAUGAGACUGACAGACGGCGGUUAUUACCGUCCGCACUGGAAGAAAAUUUCUUUCAAAAGCUAUCAAAACGGUUGGCAUGGGGAACUGUGGAAAGUGAGAUCGCGGUGUAUUUUCCUGAUUAUGCUCCUCGACGUCGGGUUGCUAUUUCCAAGACGUAG